AUGGCAACUCGCAUCCUUCGCCCUUCCAACAUUCACACCAUCAGCCGCGCAUUUGGCUCCACAAGAACACAUCAAUACUCGCAAGCUUCGCGCAAUUUCACAGCACCUCUCCGCGCAUUCUCAACGACUCAUCGAAAUCAGGUUUCUAGUACUAUGGCCGACGCACUCGUUCAGGCCGCCCAGGCCCGCCGCACCAUUUACAAGCUCGGCAAGAACAGCCCCGUUCCCGACUCCAAAGUCGAAGAGCUCGUCAAUGCCGCCAUUCUGAAUGUCCCCAGCUCUUUCAACACCCAAUCGACACGACUGGUUGUUGUUCUGCGCGAGGAGCACGAGAAGCUCUGGGAUAUUGCCAUUGAGGCCUUUGGCGGACUUGUUGCUAGCGGUGCUGUUCCUGAGGAGGUGUUCAAAAACCAGACUUUGCCCAAGUUGCAAGGAUUCAAGGCUGCGCAUGGAACUAUCCUCUUCUACGAGGACCCUGCGCACAUCCAAGGCUUCAAAGAAAAGUUCCCUACCUAUGCAGACAAGUUCGAGCCUUGGGCCGACCACUCCAACGCCAUGCACCAGUACUUCCUGUGGACUGCUCUAGAAUCUGUUGGCUUUGGCGCCAACCUGCAGCACUACAACCCUCUGAUCGAUGCCAAGGUCGCUGAGCAGUGGAGCUUGCCUGCCGAAUGGCGGCUGGUCGCUCAGCUAGUUUUUGGUAGCCCCGAGGCCCAGGCUGGCGAGAAGGCUCAGAAGCCUAUUGAGGAACGGGUCAAGAUCUUUGGCAAGUUGUAG